AUGAUUGUGCUAUUAUUCUUUGCCUUGCUCUGGAUGGUGGAAGGAGUCUUUUCCCAGCUUCACUACACGGUGCAAGAGGAGCAGGAACAUGGCACUUUCGUGGGGAAUAUCGCUGAAGAUCUGGGCUUGGACAUUACAAAACUUUCGGCUCGCGGCUUUCAAACGGCGCCCAACUCUCGGACCCCUUACUUGGACCUCAACCUGGAGACCGGGGUGUUGUACGUGAAUGAGAAGAUUGACCGCGAGCAAAUCUGCAAGCAGAGCCCGUCCUGCGUCCUGCACCUGGAGGUCUUCUUGGAGAACCCCUUGGAGCUGUUCCGGGUGGAGAUCGAGGUGCUGGACAUCAACGACAAUCCCCCCUCCUUCCCGGAGCCGGACUUGACCGUAGAGAUCUCUGAGAGCGCCACGCCGGGCACCCGCUUCCCCUUGGAGAGCGCAUUCGACCCAGACGUGGGUACCAACUCCUUGCGCGACUACGAGAUCACCCCCAACAGCUACUUCUCCCUGGACGUGCAGACCCAGGGGGAUGGCAACCGAUUCGCCGAGCUGGUGCUGGAGAAGCCUCUGGACCGAGAGCAGCAGGCGGUGCACCGCUACGUGCUGACCGCGGUGGACGGGGGAGGAGGGGGAGGCGGAGAAGGAGGAGGAGGCGGCGGCGGGGGAGGGGGCUUGCUCCCCCAGCAGCAGCGCACCGGCACGGCCCUACUCACCAUCCGAGUGCUGGACUCCAACGACAAUGUGCCCGCCUUCGACCAACCCGUCUACACUGUGUCCCUACCAGAGAACUCGCCGCCUGGUACGCUCGUGAUCCAGCUUAACGCCACAGACCCAGAUGAGGGCCAGAAUGGAGAGGUCGUGUACUCCUUCAGCAGCCACAUUUCGCCCCGGGCACGCGAGCUCUUCGGACUCUCCCCUCGCACCGGCCGGCUGGAGGUGAGCGGCGAGCUGGACUACGAAGAGAGCCCGGUGUACCAAGUAUACGUUCAAGCCAAGGACCUGGGCCCCAACGCCGUGCCUGCUCACUGCAAGGUGAUAGUGAGGGUGCUUGAUGCCAAUGACAACGCGCCGGAGAUCAGCUUCAGCACCGUGAAGGAGGCGGUGAGCGAGGGCGCGGCGCCCGGCACCGUGGUGGCCUUGUUCAGCGUAACCGACCGCGACUCAGAGGAGAAUGGGCAGGUGCAGUGCGAGCUGCUGGGGGAUGUGCCGUUCCGCCUCAAGUCUUCCUUCAAGAACUACUAUACCAUCGUGACCGAGGCCCCUCUGGACCGAGAGGCGGGGGACUCCUACACCCUGACCGUGGUGGCUCGCGACCGGGGCGAGCCUGCACUCUCCACCAGUAAGUCCAUCCAGGUGCAAGUGUCAGAUGUGAACGACAACGCACCGCGCUUCAGCCAGCCGGUCUACGACGUGUAUGUGACCGAAAACAACGUGCCAGGCGCCUACAUCUACGCGGUGAGCGCCACAGACCGUGAUGAGGGCGCCAACGCCCAGCUAGCCUACUCUAUCCUGGAGUGCCAGAUCCAGGGCAUGAGCGUCUUCACUUACGUGUCCAUCAACUCCGAGAACGGCUACCUGUACGCCCUGCGCUCCUUUGACUAUGAACAGCUCAAGGACUUCAGCUUCCAAGUGGAAGCGCGGGACGCCGGUAGCCCCCAGGCGCUGGCUGGCAACGCCACUGUCAACAUCCUCAUCGUGGAUCAGAACGACAACGCUCCUGCCAUCGUAGCCCCCCUUCCGGGGCGCAACGGGACUCCGGCGCGCGAGGUGCUGCCCCGCUCGGCUGAGCCCGGUUACCUGCUGACCCGCGUGGCCGCGGUGGACGCAGAUGACGGCGAGAACGCCCGGCUCACCUACAGCAUUGUGAGGGGUAACGAAAUGAACCUCUUCCGCAUGGACUGGCGCACCGGGGAGCUCCGUACAGCGCGCCGGGUGCCAGCCAAGCGCGACCCCCAGCGGCCUUAUGAACUGGUGAUCGAGGUGCGCGACCACGGGCAACCUCCCCUGUCCUCCACCGCCACCUUGGUGGUGCAGCUGGUGGAUGGCGCUGUCGAGCCCCAGGGCGGGGGCGGGGGCGGGGGCGGGGGGUCAGGAGAGCACCAGCGCCCCAGCCGCUCCGGCGGCGGGGAGACGUCGCUGGACCUCACCCUUAUCCUCAUCAUCGCGCUGGGCUCGGUAUCCUUCAUCUUCCUUCUGGCCAUGAUCGUGCUUGCCGUGCGUUGCCAGAAAGAGAAAAAGCUGAAUAUCUACACGUGUCUGGCCAGCGACUGCUGCCUAUGCUGCUGCUGUGGCAGCGGGGGGUCGACCUGCUGUGGCCGCCAAGCCCGGGCGCGCAAGAAGAAACUCAGCAAGUCAGACAUCAUGCUGGUUCAAAGCUCCAACGUACCCAGUAAUCCGGCCCAGGUGCCGGUGGAGGAGUCCGGGGGCUUUGGCUCCCAUCACCACAACCAGAAUUACUGCUACCAGGUCUGCCUGACCCCCGAGUCCGCCAAAACCGACCUGAUGUUCCUUAAGCCCUGCAGCCCAUCGCGGAGUACGGACACUGAGCACAACCCCUGCGGGGCCAUCGUCACCGGUUACACAGACCAGCAGCCCGACAUCAUCUCCAACGGAAGCAUUUUGUCCAACGAGACUAAACACCAGCGAGGAGAGCUCAGCUAUCUAGUUGACAGACCUCGCCGAGUUAACAGUUCUGCAUUCCAGGAAGCCGACAUAGUAAGCUCUAAGGACAGUGGUCAUGGAGACAGUGAACAGGGAGAUAGUGAUCAUGACGCCACCAACCGCGGCCAGUCAGCUGGUAUGGAUCUCUUCUCCAACUGCACCGAGGAAUGUAAAGCACUUGGCCACUCAGAUCGGUGCUGGAUGCCCUCCUUUGUCCCUUCUGAUGGACGCCAGGCUGCUGAUUAUCGUAGCAAUCUGCAUGUUCCUGGCAUGGACUCUGUUCCAGACACUGAAGUGUUUGAAACUCCAGAAGCCCAGCCCGGGGCGGAGAGGUCCUUCUCCACCUUCGGCAAAGAGAAGGCCCUUCACAGCACCCUGGAGAGGAAAGAGCUGGAUGGACUGCUGUCUAAUACACGAGCGCCUUACAAACCACCAUAUUUGAAUCAUUUUCAUUCUUUUUCUUAUUUUGUACAUUGGAAGUAA